GAGUGUAAUUCGUGUCCGGCCUGCAGGUGGCAGCGGCGCGCCGUCACUGCGGCGAUUCUGCCGUAAACAUUAGCAGCAGAAGAAGAAGAAGCUAGCUACUGUAAACAAAGCUGAGUCGGCAGUCUGUUAAACAACUAUAAAACUACCCGAUGCGAUGAGAAGAUAUGAUCAUAAAUACUUCUGCGUAACACUAAAUGCCCGAAUAUAAAGCACAUUUCUCGGCAGUGCUGUCCAGCCUCUGCCGCUCAGACUUCCAUGAGCAGCGGGAGCAGCAGUCCAGUCCAGUCCGGCCCCGGAUCUGCCAUGACCCGGCCUGCAGUCUGACUGUUAGAUAAUGGCUGCAGAGCUGUUUCCCACCAAGAAGCUGGUCCCCUCCGCCUCAGCGAGCAGCUCCACCUCCAUCCAGCAGUACCAGCAGCAGAACCUGACCAACAACAACACCACCACCGCCGCACAGGGCUGCCGCAACUGGCAGGGCCUGUACCCGACCAUCCGAGAGAGGAAUUCAGUCAUGUUCAACAAUGAGACGAUGGCAGAUGUUCACUUUGUGGUCGGGCCGCCUGGCGGGACGCAGCGAGUACCAGGACAUAAGUACGUCCUGGCCGUCGGCAGCUCGGUGUUCCACGCCAUGUUUUACGGAGAACUGGCCGAGGAUCAGGACGAGAUCCGGAUCCCUGACGUGGAGCCUCCUUCGUUCCUGGCCAUGUUGAAAUAUAUCUACUGUGAUGAGAUCGACCUGUGCGCUGACACCGUGCUCGCCACCCUCUACGCCGCCAAAAAGUACAUCGUGCCUCACCUGGCCCGGGCCUGUGUCAACUUCCUGGAGACCAGCCUGAGCGCCAAGAACGCCUGCGUGCUGCUGUCUCAGAGCUGCCUGUUCGAGGAGCCCGACCUGACGCAGCGCUGCUGGGAGGUGAUCGACGCUCAGGCCGAGCUCGCUCUGCGCUCCGAAGGCUUCUGCGACAUCGACACCCAGACGCUGGAGAGCAUCCUGCGGCGGGAGACGCUCAACGCCAAAGAGAUGGUGGUGUUCGAGGCGGCGCUGAACUGGGCCGAGGCCGAGUGUCAACGGCAAGACCUGACGCCGACUAUCGAGAACAAGCGCCUGAUGCUGGGGAAGGCCAUCUACCUGAUCCGCAUCCCCACCAUGGCGCUGGAGGACUUCGCCAACGGGGCGGCGCAGUCCGGCGUGCUCACGCUCAACGAGACCAACGACAUCUUCCUGUGGUACACCGCCGCCAACAAGCCCGAACUGUUGUUCUGCACCAAACCUCGUAAAGGCCUGGCGCCGCAGCGCUGCCACCGCUUCCAGUCCUGCGCCUACAGGAGCAACCAGUGGCGGUACCGAGGCCGCUGCGACAGCAUCCAGUUCGCCGUGGACAAACGCGUCUUCAUCGCCGGCUUCGGCCUGUACGGCUCCAGCUGCGGUUCGGCCGAGUACAGCGCCAAGAUCGAGCUGAAGCGUCAGGGAGUGCCGAUGGCCCAGAGGAUCAUCAAGUACUUCUCGGACGGCUCCAGCAGCACCUUCCCCGUGUGGUUCGACUACCCGGUGCAGAUCGAGCCCGACACGUUCUACACCGCCAGCGUGGUGCUGGAUGGCAACGAGCUCAGCUACUUCGGCCAGGAGGGCAUGACAGAGGUGCAGUGCGGGAAAGUGACCUUCCAGUUCCAGUGCUCCUCGGACAGCACCAACGGCACCGGAGUGCAGGGAGGCCAGAUCCCCGAACUCAUCUUCUACGCCUGAGCCGGGCUCGUGCGAGGACGGCGCAGAGAUUCCCGCUUCACUGCCACGUAGACUUUUACUUUGAAAGUGUGGAGACGGGUUCUCGGGACGCUGCUUGAGGAGGGAGCGACUCCUGGACGUGAGGACAGUUUGAUUUAAAACGUGACAGACUGAAGCCUCGCAUUCCUUCGCCGCCUCUGGCGUCGUUUUGUUUCACAGCUGCUGCUGCUGCCGUUGAGUCGCUGUUUCAGUUUAUUGGUUAAAGGUAAAGCAGGAAUUACACACUUCUAUCAAAACACACGUAUAGAUUACGCAGACACAGCAGAGGCUGUCGAAUGCGGUGAAUUAAAUACCUAAUAAAUCAAAGUGCUUCAUCACAGUGAUGCAGAUAUCGUAUAAAAAUCCAAUAUUGCCAUAAAGCAGUCCUGAUCAUUGAUUUACAGCAUUGGCCAUAACGUCCUCAUACGCCCCGAGAUGCUAAAGGUACAGUUGUUACAACCGCUAAUUUAUAUCGUCUGACGGCGUAUGUCGUCAUAUUCCCCACCAACGUGUGGUGCAGCUCUGUGCGUCAAGCAAGCUGAUUGGUUGAUCCAACUUCCUGUCAGGAGGCGGGUCUCUGAAUAACACCCGAACGAUUUUAAUGAUCAGUUUCGUUGUUUUGUUUUUUAAAAAGUAAUAAUCAUUUAGAUCCCAGAGCCCAAGCAGACAUCUUCAAAUUAUUAUUUUUUUUCCCCGACCAACAGUCGAAAACCUGAACUCGUUCAAACUGAUUAAUUUCAUUGAUUAAUCGACUAAUCAUUUGAGCGCUCAAGUAUAAAACUGAAGUCGACGAGGCAGCUGCAUUAUAUUUCAACUAAACUCCGAGUGCUUUACAUUGAAAUGUGUGUUUUAAUGUGUUCAGUCCGUCGUCCCUGAGGGCUCCUCCGCCGCCACAGCAGUUUCCUGCCUUAAAGAUGACGAUGUGUUGAGUUUAAUCACGAGACGGUCGCGUGUUUUAAACCCGACGACAUUAUAUUACAUAUUGUUGCUCGUUCAGCCGAAUUCUUCGGUUUAGUUUGAGUUCAAAAUGUUCCCGCUGUCGCUGUUACUGUUACUGAAGGACUUAAUGAAGCACUACUUUUAUUUGUUAACCUGUGCAGGUGUUUCCCGUCGGUGGUUUUGGCAUUUAAAGCUGAAUAAUACGUUUAAUAUUUGUAACCUGACGGCCGAUCACGCUCCUGUUUGAUACACUACUUGCUGCUUUCUGGGCUUCUUCUCUGAUGAAAUGUGGCAACUUAAAGCGGCAUCUCGGCCGUAAUCCACCUGAAAUUCUACCUGUGCCGCCUGCAGUUUAACAGGUUAUCGGAAAGGAUUUUAACGACAACUGUGUACCUUGUUUUUUGUGUUGUAUUUAAAGAACAGUUUUCCUCAGACAGCACUCUCUGCAACUCCUGUGCUUUUAUUUUGAAAAUCACGACAUCAUGUUUGUACCACAUCCUGAUUUAUCGUCUCUUUUUAAAGUUGCAGUCGUGUAAAUAUCCCCGUGGCUGCGUCCCGACGCACUUCUUCAUCGGCUCUCUCUGAAAAUGGAGGGAAAACCCCGUUUUAUAUGAUUCUAUAUCGAAGAAACAUAUUUUUGGAUGUCUUAGUUUUCUGUGAUCUGAUUCCAACCAGAAUGUGCAGUGAGUCCGUGGCCUUAUGAAUGUGUUGUUGUGACUAAUUUGGAAAUAAAAUGUUCGGUCGAACUCUGAA